UCUUCCUCCAUUCUCAUUCCAUUUCAAACCCAACUCUCCAUUAAUUACAAGUACACCAAAAACCCACCUAAAAGAAAUCUCCACUUGAAAAAAAGAAAAAGAAAAAAAGCAGCAGUUUGAUCAGUGAAGAUGAAGAUGAGCAGUACUUCCAUGGGAGGCUCAAAGAGAAGGAUUUCUAGCAGAGGUCUCGGAGCUGCUCUUAGAGAGCAAAGAGCUAGGCUUUAUAUUAUAAGGAGAUGUGUGGUUAUGCUCCUCUGUUGGCAUGACUAGCUAGCCGGCCGUGGAAGAAGAUACGCCAUUUCUCUUCUUCCUUUUUCUCGGUGGAGUAGUCAGUAGUGUAAAUAUCGGCGGCAGGAUUAUCCAUAAUGUUAUCGGAGCUAUAUUCUCAACAAAUUUUGUUAUGUUUCCCUUAUAAUUUGUAUACACAUCGGAUAUUAUUAAUUAAAUUAAUUAAUUAGAACUACUUCUAUA